AAAAAUGAUAAAUGCAAAUUAUUAUAGAGCAAUACUAAACGGGCAGUAUAUCCCGUACUGCCUUUAUAUUUUAAGGAGAGCAUACUACUCGUGGUCCGAUGACCUUGAAGAGUUUGACUUUGGCAAGAAUCACUCCAUCCACGCCGCCCAUUGGUUUGAUUAUCUUAAAUAAAGUAUUAUAAUCUGUCCGGUGGAUAGUACGAUCGAGUCCGCGGAGGAUGAUCCAAACGGGUUCCUAGGGAGUGGUUUCUUACGACAGUGUCAGGAUUUUGACGUCCUAAAGAAUUAUGUUCAAAACAGUGGAGAGUAUUCAAUGCGAUUGGAUUUCUAACCCAUGGACUUCAUCACGGCCAAGCGCACGUGAGUAGCACUUAAUUACCACGCGAGCUCUCACUUGACAGUAUUCGAGGAACUCGGGGUCUAGGCUAUUAUACGAUAUUUAAUAUAGCUUCACUAUACUUGCUACAUUAUCAUAUUAGUACU